AUGAAUAAAAGAUAUAUUAAGAUUGCUUUGGCACUUUUAAGUGUAGCUGGAUAUAUGCAAAAUGUCGCAUUUGCAAGGGAUUCUCCUUCAAGUCCCAAUUCUCCAAAUAAACAAUUACCUAUCGACCCUGAAGAAGCUAAACAAGCAUCAGCUAUUAUGUCCGAAGCUUUAGCUAUUGCACAAAAACAUGCCGAACAUACAGAUGAUUACGAGGAAUAUUCUAAGGAAGAUGACGGAACAAUUCUAUAUUUUAAGAAAGUGAACAAUGUUGACAUUGGAAAGAUUGAGCUUACAAUCCCAAACCCCAAUAAUUAUGAUGCUGUAGUAAACAGGUUAUGGGAUCCCAAUUGGCCAAAGAACCUCGAUAAGUUAUUCAUUAAAGGACACUUUGCUCGAAUAUACGAUCCAAAUUUAGUAAUUGUACAACAACGUUACAAAAGUCCAAUUGGAUCAUUGGAAACAUAUUUUAAUGCACUAGCUAACAAAGUUGAAUUAUCAAAAGACAAAACUGCAAUAGUCUUGGUUUCAUCAGAUACGAAAGAUCAUGAUGCUGCAAUCAAUAAAAAAUAUGUAAAUCCUAUUGUAGAAAGCGCAAACUCAUUCAAGCCUGAUCUUAAUACUGAAGAAGAAAUUAGAGAUGGACUAUUAUACAAAAUGUUUAUUAACUUAGUAACAUUUUUCAUUGAAAAGCAAGCUGAUUGCGUUAAAAUUACCUAUGUCGGCUCUAUUGAUAUGAACUUUUCUCCCAGAGCCCCAUAUGACUUUGUUAAACAAAUGGUAGCCAUCAAAAUUUUAAGUGUUACCAAAUUAAAGAAUAUUUUUUAA